GGAAGCCGCGAGGACACACGAAGACGACGACGACGAUGAUGAUGAGGAGGAGGAGGAUGCGGGAGAGGAAAGCGGAUGAGAGCUAAUGAUGAUGCUAUCGACAGAGCAAUGCUCGUAGAGAGAGGAGAACAAUAAAUAAAGCUCUGCGGGUUGGUGGAUGGUGACAGUGAUGAUGAUGAUGAUGAUGAUGAUGAUGAUGAGGAUGAUGAUGAUGAGGAUGGGGAUGCUGUGAGGACGGGACCGCUCGGAGGGAGGAUGCGUCUCUUCCCAGUGUGUUGAUCGUCGUGCGGGUAAAUCUCGGGUAUCACCGAGAGUUUAACGAAGCGCUAUUCUGAGGAGGUGGGCCAAGUCCCGGGAGAGAGACAGAGAGAGGAGGAGACAGAGACACACAGAGAGGAGGAGACACACACACACACACACACACACACACACACACACACACACACACACACACACACAGAGGACCUCCGGACUGACUCGGUGAUGUUGUUGCUGCUGUUUGUCAGUGAUGUGAAGCGACAUUAAGGAGCUGAUGAAAGGACUCCUGCCCGCGCGUGGACACAUAUUUCUACAUCUUUGCAGUCACCGGAUCUCCACCCAGCUGAUCAGCUACGGGCAAGUUUUGAUGGACAGUGUGACACAGGAGGGAAACAGAAUCAGCAAUUACAUAUACAGCAGCAGCACUGUGUGGUAGAGACCAGUUGACGUUGGCGUCCUGCCUGUUGAGAUGUGCCAAUAGGAAACACUGUGAACAGGGGUUCAUGCUGAUGAAAUUGAUCUGCUCAGUGAGCUCCAACCAGAGCCAUGGGGAGUACCCAGACUGCCGGAGUGAGAGGGAGUCCGGAGGGGAGGCGUCUCUCCUGGUGUCUCCGCUGGUGGUGGCGGGGAUCGUUAUAGGCCUGGUCCUCUUCCUCUCCUGCAUCACCAUCAUCGUCGGCAGCCUGCGCAAAGACAGUCGGCUCAGAAACCCACACCUCCGAGCGAGCUACGGUCUGGACGGUUUUUCUUACGGAGGUUCAGUAGGAGAACUGAGAUCUACCUGCUUAGAAGACUUUCCUCCUGGUUUAGACUUUGAUUCAUACAGAGAGACUUUGUCUCAGGUCAACAGCCUGUACCCCGACUCACCGCCACGUUACGAUGAGUGUGUUGGCCCAGGUGCGACACAGAUCUACAUCCCCACAGAUGACCCACCUCCUUACUCCCUAUUGGACCCCUGUCAGAGAGGAGCAGAUCAGGAGGAGCAGCCCGACUACACCAGUCUGGAUCCAUCUCCGUACUAUGGAGAGACCUCGGCCAGCGCUGCCUGGUUCUCCCCCUCCCACUACCCGCCGGGACUCCAGGAGCACGAGCACCAACACAUCGCAUCCAUCUCCUUCCCUCUGGAGGCGGCGCCGCCUUAUGAGUCAGUGUUGGCCGAGCAGCAGGGGCAGCCCCUCCCUCUCAUGCCAUGUGACCUUUAUAAACAUCAAUCAGAGCGGGGCGACGAUGGCACCUCCCGGCAGCCGGGGGCGAACCAGAUCUUGUAGGACAAUUAAUUUGUUUGUUUCACCUGCGCUGUCGGUCGUCCCCGGCUGAAUUAAACAAACACUUGUGAUGUGGGGCAAAAAAUGGCUGUUAGGAGCAGCUGUGACACCAAACCAUGAACACUCAUGAGAUGUACACUUCUUCCACACAGCGGCUAACACCUAAUAAAGCUUCUUAGUGGACUGAAAUUAAUCCAGGACUCCAGCUUAACUACAGUUUCUUCUGGACAAAAUCAGAACUCACUAACUGUGUAAAGUUUCUGGAAGCUUCUCUCAGACAAAGGCUUGUCGUUUCAGCGAUGCUCCCUUGGACAAAGACUCUCCCACAUCCCAUAAUAACACCAUCGUCUAGUUCAGUUUUUACCACGUUUUAAUCUCUUUCUUGUCAUGUGUCAUUUUUGAAUUAUGCUGUUCAUCAUACUGUCGACGACGGCAAGCUGAAAACUGAGUGUAAACAGUGUCUGUGGUAUUUAGAGUAGUUUAAGGUACACACAAGCACAGAGUACUCCCUCCCCCUUCCAUUUCUUUUGGUAUGAUCCUCACCUGUCAGUCUAUUUAAACUGUGUUUUAAAUGAAAGUGCAAUGACCACCUGUGUUGUAGGAACUCCACUGCUGAUCUCCAGUCUCUGUAAUGUGUCAACCUUUAGAGCAGUGUGGUUGUUUUAGUGGUUAGAAGGAUAAAAUGGCUGUAAUCAUAAAAUCCAAACUAAUUAGGAAACUAUCUGGACGGGAAGACUGAAUCAUCAACUCUCCAACUUUUCCAGUUAUAAGGCACUAAGAUGAUGUUAUACAAGUCAUUGUCAUCUGUCAUCAGCAGAGAGGAGACUCAUCCACUGUUGUACAAAUUGUCACAACUCUUUCUAUCAAGGGCUCUGGUUUUAAUAUGUACAUUGAUAUAAUAUUGUGUAAGUGGACCCCAGCAGCAAACUGUAGCUCGGAGCCGUCCUCCUGACGAGGUCGUGUUGAUGCAACAGAGAAGUUACACAUUAAACUGUAGACCUGAACACACUGUUUACUGCA